CUAUAAGCUUACGUUAAAGUUAUAAGCCCUUCGAAGCACAGUAAAUCUCUCUCGCACACACGAACUUUCAGUCUAAGUUUGAUGACUUGCUACUAGCUUAGUAACAGGUAUGUUUACAUUUUACGUCGACGUCUACCUGAAAGCAGGAUGGUGUGUCGCAAGAAGCCUCCAACAGUCCCCGUUUUACGACAGUUUCACAGUUCUGUUGCUAGCUUAGUGAUUGUUUUCAGUAGAGACAUGGCUUCAGCUCCAGCACAGCAGCCCACUCUGACAGUUGAGCAGACCAGAGUGGUUUUGAGCGAGGUGAUCCAGGCAUUCUCAGUACCGGAGAAUGCCGCACGGAUGGAGGAGGCCAGAGAGAGUGCCUGCAACGACAUGGGCAAGAUGCUGCAGCUUGUGCUCCCUGUGGCCACCCAAAUUCAACAAGAGGUUAUCAAAGCCUACGGAUUCAACAAUGAGGGGGAAGGUGUCCUUAAAUUUGCCCGACUGGUCAAGAUGUAUGAAACCCAGGACCCAGAAAUCGCAGCCAUGUCUGCUAAACUGAAAUCUCUUCUCCUACCGCCACUUUCAACACCACCUAUAGGAGGCGCCAUUCCAGCUUCAUAGGAAAUAUUACUUCCAUCCAUUGUUCGCAAGGAUACUUCCAUUUAAACUUUGGAAUACAUGCAGUUAUGAGCAGAUCCAGCAUGCCGUCAACAGUUCUGUCUUUAUGUGGAGCGGUUAUUGUUUAAAAACACUAAAUAUUCCAAGAAAGACAACACAACUUUUCCAGUUUAAUCUCAAGUACCCUUGCUUAAUUAUUGCUUUUCUUUACUGUUCUGUAUUUAUUUGUCACAUGUUACACCAUGACCACUUUCUUAACCUUAAUCAUUUCCUUUGAUGCCAUGUUUUGUACCAUUUUGAUAUGCUGUCAAAUGUCUUUUUUGUUUAAAUUAAAAUGUUUUCUGAA